AUGUCUGAUCAGAAAGAAGACCGUAAUAGUGACCAGGACGACGACUUUCAGCCGCCAACAAAGAUGAGACGCAUUGGUUCCAAAAAGGUUACCACUAGUACUAGCCACCUUGACAGCAGAUUUGCUGAAAAGACGAGUACGGACAAAGUACGGGAGUACAGCAAGGGUACGGUUUGCAAGAACACGACUGCCUGCAACAGUUGGGCGAUGCGAACAUUUGAAGCAUGGAGAAGCAAUCGAAACAAGGAUGCUCCACAAGAAGAGCAGGUACCCACAGACAUUCUCUCAACGAAGGAUUCACAACUUUUGCAAGAGUGGCUAAUAUGCUUCCUACUGGAGGCGAGGAAGACCAACGGUGACGAGUAUCCUCCAAAAACUCUCGUACAAUUGGUGUGUGGGCUACAACGUGUACUUCGAGCUCGGCACAGAAGCGAUUCGUUUAAUUUUUUCGACAAGGCAGACCAUCGUUUUGAAGGUUUGCGCAAUGCUCUUGAUAAAGUCUGUCGAGAAUUACGUCAAGAAGGACUAGGAACGAUCUGCAAGAGUUCCAGUGUAUUCACUGCUGAAGAAGAAGACAGUCUAUGGAAGAAGGGAGUAAUUGGGUUAGACACACCUGUAAAACUACUGAGGGCAGUAUUCUUUUAUAAUGGGAUAAACUUUGCUCUUCGAGGUGGUGCGGAGCACAGAAGCCUCAAAUGGAGUCAGAUACGCUAA